AUUGGGAUUGGGUCUGGUUGCAAAAUGUGGGACCCAUAGCAACAUGUUCCGAAGAUAGGUCUGGAUCCGCGAUAACAAACCUCGGCCACAUAACAUAACAGAAGACUUUUGUUUGCGUCUCAGCUCAGGGAACAGAGCUGUAUCCGUGUCCUCUGCCUUAGAACAAAAUGAUUCAUCUUCGUGUACUGGUGGUUGCGUUAGGUCUGUGUACUGGCUUAAUCUCCCUCCUUCAAUGGCUUCCCUAUCAACCACUUCUCUUAGCUUCAAAGCUCCUUCCAUACAAUCCACCAGAAUAUAUCAGGUGUUGCGUAAAGCGUAGUUUUCAAUCUAUCUCCUUUGGUCGUUUCCAGUCUUCAAAGAGGCUUCGUCUUCAAAUCAGUUGUGCAGCGAAACCAGAGACGGUACAGAAAGUGAGUGACAUUGUAAAUGAACAAUUGGCUUUGUCCACACACUGCCCGGCCCAGAGAGUAGGCUACAUAAGCAGCUGCUUAGGAUCCCUGGACCAUAUUUCACAAUUUUACAUUACAAAUUUUUAUUAUUUGUAUAUUUGCAAUAUUAGCUUAGGGCCUAAAAGAAAUUUUUGAUUGUUUGGGCCGGAGAUAGUGAUGGCUUUGGAGGAAAAGUUUGAUAUAAGUGUGGAGGAAACUGAUGCUCAGAACAUUACGACGAUUCAAGAAGCAGCUGAUUUGAUUGAGGAUCUUGUUCAGAAGAAACCUGCGGCUCAGGUUUCCUAGACUCUUUUUUUUUUAAUUUCCUUCUGAUCUUUCUUAGUUUCAAAGCAUUUAUUUUUCCUAUAUUAGACAGUUUGUUACAUUUCUUUUUCUGGAAGUUACGAUUGGAUGAGACAACUCACUGAAGCUGUUCCAUUGUAGAGUUGGAAAAUGUCACCGUUAUAAUAUUAUUAUUAUUCAUAUGCUGAUUAUUCUUCAGGCCA